AUGGCAAACCAAAUUAAGUCCCCUGUUGUUGAUGCGACAGGCAAGACACGAUUGAGGGAAUCGCUUGAAAGGGCGGAAAGAGGCGAAGGCCCGAGCGUCGGUCAAUGGCUUGAGUUCCCCGGCUACUCCCUAGCAAGGACAGUAGCGCCUUUGGGAGAGGAUUGGAUUCUCAUCGAUACAGAGCAUGGAAAUAUCGACGACAGAGACAUGUACCUUCAGGUCGGGGCCAUCUCGACUUCAGGGGUGUCACCCAUCGUAAGGAUACCUGCAUCGGAGCACUGGAUGAUGAAGAGGGCCCUGGACUGCGGUGCUCACGCCAUCAUGGUACCGAUGUGUGAGACAAAGGAACAAGCAGAAGCUGUUGUUCGGGCAUGCAAGUACCGCUCAGCUCGAUGGCCUCAAGGUCUUCGCGGAGCCGGUGCCAUGUUCGCGCACUCUGCAUUCAAUCAAACCGGUCGAGAUUAUUUACUCAGCGCAAACGAUAACGUCAUGGUUUGCGUGCAAAUAGAGAGCCAAAAGGCCGUGGACAAUGUGGAGGAGAUUGCUGCAGUAGAUGGGGUUGACAUGCUGUUCAUCGGGCCCAACGAUCUCGCGGCAUCGAUGGGCUAUGUGGCAUUUGAUCAUGCUUCAAUCCCCGAAGUCCAGGAAGCGAUUGCUCGUGUUCUGAAGGCUGGGCUUGACGCCGGGAAGUACGUUGGGCACUUCGCACUCAGUGCCGAUGUUGCGGCGGCCAAGUACAAACAAGGAUUCCACUUCGUGAACUGCGGAGCGGACAUCGUUGCCAUCGCCGCAUGGAUGUCUAUUGAGAUGGGAAAGCUGAAGAGCCUGGUUUCUACAAAGGCCCACGAGGACAAGCUGAAGGAGGUGAAUGGCACCAACGGAAAUUCGGGAGCAACGGAAAACCCCAAAACGGCCACCGAGUACAAUUAA